CCUAGUGCAGUGUCGGGGAAAUUUUCGACACAUCAAGACUCAAUUACAGAUCACAGCCACCAACAGCUCCCUAGUCCUAGCAUCGAGGAAACUAUCUAAAUAUCUACUGCCAGAGAGAACAGUGUCGGGAUACAGAGAUGACAGCAGGUCACCUCUCUCUCAGACCUCAUGGCUCCAUUAAUACUCCUGUUGUUCCUUCUGUCUGAAGCAGCUUCUGACCUGAUUGUGGAAACAGUGCCUGGACAUGAUGUCAUUCUGCCAUGUCAGGCUGAUGAUUCCUCCAUCAAAGCUGUAAAGUGGAGCAGACCUGACCUGAAGCCAGAUAUCGUCCUCUUAUACAGAGAUGGACACUUGAAUAAAUACGACCAGAAUCCAUCCUUUAAGGACAGGGUGGAGCUGGUGGACAGAGAUCUGAAGGACGGAGACGUGUCUUUAAUUCUGAAGAAUGUGAAGAGCAACUAUACUGGAAUAUACAAGUGUGGAGUUAAAACCGGUGAUACUGACCUAAUUAGAGUCAUCAGAACCGUCCGUCUGCAGGUUACAGAGCCAGACCUGACUGUGGUAACAGUGCCUGGAGAUGAUGUCAUUCUGCCAUGUCGGGCUGAUGAUUCCUCCAUCAGAGCUGUAGAGUGGACCAGACCUGACCUGAAGCCAGAUAUCGUCCUCUAUUACAGAGCUGGACGCUUGAAUACGACCGACCAGCAUCCAUCCUAUAAGGGCAGGGUGGAGCUGGUGGACAGAGAUCUGAAGGACGGAGACGUGUCUUCAAUUCUGAAGAAUGUGAACAAACACGACGCUGGAACAUACAAUUGUCGAGUUAUAACCGGUGAUACUGACCCAAUCAGAAUCAUCAGAACCAUCUAUCUGCAGGUUCCAGAUGUGAAUGUGGUAAGAGUGCCUGGACAGAAUGUCACUCUGCCAUGUCAGACUGCUGAUUCCUCCAUCAGAGUUGUAAAGUGGACCAGACCUGACCUGGAGCCAGAUAUCGUCCUCUUAUACAGCGAUGGACACUUGGAUACAGACGACCAGCAUCCAUCCUUUAAGGACAGGGUGGAGCUGGUGGACAGAGAUCUGAAGGACGGAGACGUGUCUUUAACUCUGAAGAAUGUGAACAUCAACGACACUGGAACAUACGUGUGUCUAGUUAAAACCGAUGGUUCAACACGUACAAAGAGAGACACCAACUCUGACCCAAUCAGCAUCAUCCGUCUGCAGGUUUCAGACCAGAUUGUGGUAACAGUGCCUGGAGAUAAUGUCAUUCUGUCAUGUCAGGCUGAUGAUUCCUCCAUCAGAGUUGUAGAGUGGAGAAGACCUGACCUGAAGCCAGAUAACGUCCUCUUAUACAGCGAUGGACACUUGAAUACAACCCACCAGUAUCCAUCCUUUAAGGACAGGGUGGAGCUGGUGAACAGAGAUCUGAAGGACGGAGACAUGUCUUUAAUUCUGAAGAAUGUGAACAAACACGACGCUGGAACAUACGAGUGUCGAGUUAUAACCGAAGGUUCAAGACGUAAAAAGAGAGACACCAACUCUGACCCAAUCAGAACCAUCAGAACCAUCCAUCUGCAGGUUCCAGACCUGAUUCUGGUAAGAGUGCCUGGAAAUAAUGUCACUCUGCCAUGUCAGGCUGCUGAUUCCUCCAUCAGAGUUGUAAAGUGGACCAGACCUGACCUGAAGCCAGAUAUCGUCCUCUUAUACAGAGAUGGAGAAUUGAAUACAACCGACCAGCAUCCAUCCUUUAAGGACAGGGUGGAGCUGGUGGACAGAGAUCUGAAGGACGGAGACGUGUCUUUAAUUCUGAAGAAUGUGAGCAGACACGACACUGGAAUAUACGAGUGUCGAGUUAAAACCGGUGAUACUGACCCAAUCAGAACCAUCCAUCUGCUGGUUACAGACCUGGUUGUGGAAACAGUGCCUGGAGAUAAUGCCACUCUGCCAUGUCAGGCUGAUGAUUCCUCCAUCAGAGCUGUAGAGUGGACCAGACCUGACCUGGAGCCAGAUAUCGUCCUCUUAUACAGCGAUGGACACUUGGAAACAGACAUCCAGCAUCCAUCCUUUAAGGACAGGGUGGAGCUGGUGGACAGAGAUCUGAAGGACAGAGACGCGUCUUUAAUUCUGAAGAAUGUGAGCAGACACGACGCUGGAAUAUACAAGUGUGGAGUUAAAACCGGUGAUUCAACACAAGACACCAACUUUGACACAAUCAGAAUCAUCAGAAUCAUCUAUCUGCUGGUUCCAGACCUGAUUGUCGUACCAGUGCGCCCUGGAGAUGAUGUCAUUCUGCCAUGUCAGGCUGCUGAUCCCUCCAUCAGCUUUGUAGAGUGGACCAGACCUGACCUGAAGCCAGAUAUCGUCCUCUAUUCCAGAGGUGGACACUUGGAGACAGACGACCAGCAUCCAUCCUUUAAGGACAGGGUGGAGCUGGUGGACAGAGAGCUGAAGGACAGAGACGCGUCUUUAACUCUGAAGAAUGUGAGCAGACACGACGCUGGAACAUACAAAUGUCGAGUUAAAACCGGUGAUACUGACCAAGGCAGAACCAUCAUAAUCAUCAGACCCAUCAGAACCAUCCGUCUGCAGGUUACAGACCUGAAUGUGGUAACAGUUGAUCCUGGAGAUGAUGUCAUUCUGCCAUGUCAGGCUGCUGAUACCGCCAUCAGCUUUGUAAAGUGGACCAGACCUGACCUGGAGCCAGAUACCGUCCUCUAUUACAGCGAUGGACACUUGAAUACAGACGAGCAGCAUCCAUCCUUUAAGGACAGGGUGGACCUGGUGGACAGAGAUCUGAAGGACGGAGACACGUCUUUAUUUCUGAAGAAUGUGAACAGACACGAUGCUGGAACAUACGAAUGUGUAGUUGAAACCGGUGAUACUGACCAAGGCAGAACCAUCAGAAUCAUCAGACCCAUCAGAAUCAUCCGUCUGCAGGUUAUAGACCUGACUGUGGCAGUGCACCCUGGAGAUGAUGUCAUUCUGCCAUGUCGGGCUGAUAAUUCCUCCAUCAGAGCUGUAAAGUGGAGCAGACCUGACCUGGAGCCAGAUACCGUCCUCUUAUACAGAGAUGGACAAUUGAAUACAGACGUCCAGCAUCCGUCCUUUAAGAACAGGGUGGAGCUGGUGGACAGAGAUAUGAAGGACGGAGACGUGUCUUUAAUUCUGAAGAAUGUGAGCAGCAUCGACGCUGGAACAUACGAGUGUCGAGUUAAAACCGAUGAUUCAACACGUACAAAGACAGACAUCAGAAUCAUCAGUACCAUCCGUCUGCAGGUUCCAGAGCCAGACCUGAUUGAGGUAACAGUUGAUCCUGGAGGUGAUUUCAUUCUGCCAUGUCAGGCUGCUGAUUCUUCCAUCAGAGCUGUAGAGUGGACCAGACCUGACCUGGAGCCAGAGUACGUCCUUGUAUACAGAGAUGGACACAUGGAUACAACCGACCAGCAUUCAUCCUUUAAGGACAGGGUGGAGCUGGUGGACAGAGAUCUGAAGGACGGAGACGUGUCUUUAAUUCUGAAGAAUGUGAGCAGACACGACAACGGAACAUACGAGUGUCGAGUUAAAACCAAUGAUACUGACCAAAUCAGAACCAUCAGCAUCAUCCGUCUGCAGGUUCCAGACCUGAUUGAUAUAACAGUUGAUCCUGGAGAUGAUGUCAUUCUGCCAUGUCAGGCUGAUGAUUCCUCCAUCAGUGUUGUAAAGUGGAGCAGACCUGACCUGAAGCCAGAUAUAGUCCUCUAUUACAGUGGUGGACACUUGGAUACAGACCACCAGCAUCCAUCCUUUAAGGACAGGGUGGAGCUGGUGGACAGAGAUCUGAAGGACGGAAACGUGUCUUUAAUUCUGAAGAAUGUGACCAGACACGACGCUGGAACAUACGAGUGUCGAAUUAAAACCGAUGGUUCAACACGUAAAAAGAGAGGAAUUGAUCCAAUCAGAACCAUCCAUCUGCAGGUUCCAGACCUGAUUGAGGUAACAGUGCAGCCUGGAGAUGAUGCCAUUCUGCCAUGUCAGGCUGCUGGUUCCUCCAUCAGAGCUGCAGAGUGGACCAGACCUGACCUGGAGCCAGAAUACGUCCUUUUCUACAGAGAUGGACACCAGGAUACAACCUACCAGCAUCCAUCCUUUAAGGACAGGGUGGAGCUGGUGGACAGAGAUCUGAAGGACGGAGACGUGUCUUUAAUUCUGAAGAAUGUGAGCAGCAUCGACAACGGGACAUACGAGUGUCGAGUUGAACCAGCUGCUUCCAGACGUAGAAAGAGAUCCAUCAUCGACUCUGAGCCAAUCAGAAUCAUCCGUCUGCAGGUUACAGAGCCAGACCUGAUUGUGGUAACAGUGCAUCCUGGAGAUGAUGUCAUUCUGCCAUGUCAGGCUGCUGAUUCCUCCAUCAGAGCUGUAAAGUGGACCAGACCUGACCUGGAGCCAGAUAUCGUCCUCUAUUACAGUGAUGGACACUUGGAUACAACCCACCAGCAUCCAUCCUAUAAGGACAGGGUGGAGCUGGUGGACAGAGAUCUGAAGGACAGAGACGUGUCUUUAAUUCUGAAGAAUGUGAGAAGCAUUGACGCUGGAACAUAUGAGUGUGGAGUUAUAACCAAUGAUACUGACCCAAUCAUAACCAUCAGAACCGUCCGUCUGCAGGUUCCAGAGCCAGACCUACCUGUGGUAGUGAAUCCUGGAGAUGAUGUCAUUCUGCCAUGUCAGUCUGCUGAUCCCUCCAUCAGAGCUGUAAAGUGGAGCAGAGCUGACCUGGAGCCACCAGAGUACGUCCUCUUAACCAUCGAUGGACACUUGAAUACAACCUACCAGCAUCCAUCCUUUAAGGACAGAGUAGACCUGGUGUACAGAAAGCUGAAGAAUGGAGACGUGUCUUUAAUUCUGAAGAAUGUGAGCAGACACGACAACGGAACAUAUGAGUGUCGUUUUGCAUCAGGUGGUCUCAGACGUAGAAAGAGAUCCAACAUUGACUCUGAGCCAAUCAGAAUCAUCCAUCUGCAGGUUACAGAGCCAGACCUGAUUGAGGUAACAGUGAACCCUGGAGAUGAUGCCAUUCUGCCAUGUCAGGCUGAUGAUUCCUCCAUCAGCUUUGCAGAGUGGACCAGACCUGACCUGGAGCCAGAUAUCGUCCUCUUAUACAGAGGUGGACGGUUGAAUCCAGAUGACCAGCAUCCAUCCUUUAAGGACAGAGCGGACCUGGUGGACAGAGAUCUGAAGGACGGAGACGUGUCUUUAAUUCUGAAGAAUGUGAGCAGACACGACGCUGGAACAUACGAGUGUCGAGUUAAAACCGGUGAUUCUGAUCCAAUCAGACUCAUCAGAACCGUCCGUCUGCAGGUUCCAGACCUGAUUGUGGUAACAGUUCACCCUGGAGAUGAUGUCACUCUACCAUGUCAGGCUGCUGAUUCCUCCAUCAGUGUUGUAGAGUGGACCAGACCUGAUCUGGAGCCAGAUACCGUCCUCUAUUACAGUGAUGGACACUUGAAUACAACCAACCAGCAUCCAUCCUUUGAGGACAGGGUGGAGCUGGUGGACAGAGAUCUGAAGGACGGAGACGUGUCUUUAAUUCUGAAGAAUGUGAGCAGCAUCGACACUGGGACAUACGAGUGUCGAGUUAGAACUGAUGGUUCCAGACGUAAAAAGAGAGCCAUCAUCAACUCUGAGCCAAUCAGAAUCAUCCGUCUGCAGGUUACAGGUGAGAUUGUGGUAACGGUGCACCCUGGAGAUAAUGUCACUCUGCCAUGUCAGGCUGCUGGUUCCUCCAUCAGAGCUGUAGAGUGGACCAGACCUGACCUGGAGCCAGAUACCGUCCUCUUAUACAUCGAUGGACACUUGAAACCAGACUACCAGCAUCCAUCCUUUAAGGACAGGGUGGAGCUGGUGGACAGAGAUCUGAAGGACGGGAACGUGUCUUUAAUUCUGAAGAAUGUGAACAGACACGACACUGGGACAUACACGUGUGGAGUUAAAACCGGUGAUACUGACCAAAUCAGACUCAUCAGAACCGUCCGUCUGCAGGUUACAGAGCCAGACCAGAUUGUGGUAACAGUGAAUCCUGGAGAUGAUGUCAUUCUACCAUGUAAGGCUGCUGGUUCCUCCAUCAGAACUCUAAAGUGGAGCAGACCUGACCUGAAUCCAGAUACCGUCCUCUUAUACAGAGAUGGAUACUUGGAUACAGACCACCAGCAUCCAUCCUUUAAGGACAGGGUGGAGCUGGUGGACAGAGAUCUGAAGGACGGAGUCGUGUCUUUAAUUCUGAAGAAGGUGAACAGACACGACACUGGGACAUACGAGUGUCGAGUUAUAACCGGUGAUACUGACCCAAUCAGAACCAUCAGAACCGUCCGUCUGCAGGUUACAGAGCCAGCAGACCUGAUUGUGGUAACAGUUCAUCCUGGAGAUGAUGUCAUUCUACCAUGUCAGGCUGCUGGUUCCUCCAUCAGAGCUGUAGAGUGGACCAGACCUGACCUGGAGCCAGAUACCGUCCUCUUAUACAGAGAUGAACACUUGGAUACAUACGACCAGCAUCCAUCCUUUAAUGGCAGAGUAGACCUGGUGGACAGAGAUCUGAAGGACGGAGACGUGUCUUUAACUCUGAAGAAUGUGAGAAGACACGACACUGGGACAUACGAGUGUCGAGUUAUAACCGCUGGUUCUGACCCAAUCAGAACCAUCAGAACCAUCAGAAUCGUCCGUCUGCAGGUUACAGAGCCAGACCUGAUUGUGGUAACAGUGGAUCCUGGAGAUGAUGUCAUUCUGCCAUGUCGGGCUGCUGAUCCCUCCAUCAGAGCUGUAAAGUGGACCAGACCUGACCUGAAGCCAGAUAUCGUCCUCUUAUACAGUGAUGGACACUUGAAGACAGACGUCCAGAAUCCAUCCUUUAAGGACAGGGUGGAGCUGGUGGACAGAGAUCUGAAGGACGGAGACGUGUCUUUAAUUCUGAAGAAUGUGAGAAGCAUCGACAACGGAACAUACGAGUGUCGAGUUAAAACCAAUGACACUGACCAAAUCAGAUUCAUCGGAAUCAUCCGUCUGCAGGUUCCAGACCUACCUGUGGUAGUGAAUCCUGGAGAUGAUGUCAUUCUACCAUGUCAGGCUGCUGAUUCCUCCAUCAGAGCUGCAGAAUGGAGCAGAGCUGACCUGGAGCCAGAUACUGUCCUCUAUUACAGUGAUGGACACCUGCACCAGCAUUCAUCCUUUAAGGACAGGGUGGAGCUGGUGGACAGAGAUCUGAAGGACGGAGACGUGUCUUUAAUUCUGAAGAAUGUGAGCAGCAUCGACAACGGGACAUACGAGUGUCGAGUUGCAUCAGGUGGUUCAAGACGUAAAAAAAGAGCCUACAUCGACUCUGAGCCAAUCAGCAUCGUCCGUCUGCAGGUUACAGAGCCAGCAGGUUCUGAGGAUAGAAACUCCUCUCCUGGAGGCCGAUACCUUGGACUGGCAGCAGGUGUUCUGGUUCUUGUAACUGCUGCAGUGGUUGGUGUCCUGAUAUAUAAAAGACGUCAGAACAAGAGAUCAGGACAACCUGCUGAUGAUGAAGAAUCAGCCGUUCAGUUCAUCAACAUCUCCCAGAGCUCUUAACACCUUUUAAAAGUCAUAAAAGUCAAAUGUAGGUCAGUUAUAAUGUUGUUUAAGAUCAGAGUGAUGUUUGACUGAAGAACACAGAGAUGUUCAGACAAUAUCAACUCAGCAGUAGUACACAGAAAUACUUUGCUCUAUUAAACAGAUUAAAUGUGAUAAUAAUAUUAUGUAACAAUAAUCUACUCAACUCUGAGCUGUAUCUCAGCAAGCUUUCAACAGGAAAUGAUGUUUGUUUAGUUGUAAAUAUCAGCAGACGGAGCCCCCCCCAAAUAUCUUCUAAUCAGGUGUAAAGAGCUCUUCAACAUGUCAUCUGUUUGUGUGUUUGAUCAGGUCAUGUUACGCUUAUUUAGCAUUUUAGCAUUUAGCAUAUAAAGGUUCAUGGCUUCUGCUUGGAAUAAUAUAUUUCCAGCUAAUGAUAUAAUAUAAUAAAUGCCUAAUGGUAAAGUCUGCCUCUUCCUUUAGAGAACUAGAAAAUUUACUCUAGUAAAAGUACUGUUGCUUUAA